AUGUACGAGGCAUCAAUCUUCGACUUCGACCAUCCUUUUCCCGACUUGGAACCGACGAGAGCACGGGAGGAGCUUCGCAUAGCAGCGACCGAGCUUUCAGAUCGUGGCCUGGCGUCUUCGUCGCGAUGGACGCUCGAGCUCCUGCAAUCUGUACCAUACUCGGCCUCUCAGAAUGGCAGCGGCCUUCUCUUCUCAGCCCAGAAUCGUUCGGACGAGUCGGCGACCGGAGCGGCCACUCCAGCAACAAAGAGACACACGAAUGCUAGACCGCUCAUCCCGGAACAUUCGACACCAGCCUUGGGCAUGCAGCAGCGCAUGUCGGUGGAGCCGAGGGGAGACGAUGACUCGGUUCGCGACGUGUCCGGCAAGUUCGCCCCGAAUGCCUACGCCUCGUCUCCGCUGGCCAAUGCCCGCCUGGGCCAGCUAGCAUCGCCCAAGCGCGACCCCGACAGCUCGCUCAUCACCGUCGACAGCGAGGACGAUGAGGCACCUGGAUCGGCACACGUCCACUGGCAGUCGAACACCAACUCGGUCGAUUGCUCACCGGGUCCAUCGCAGCUUCGAUUCGGGAGCUCACAGCCGCGCAUAUCGACCAUGGAGGACGAGACGUACAUGCUGGCAAAGAGUCAUUUCGACCAGCAGCAGCUUGAACGGUGCAUCUGGGUGCUCGAGAGCAGCAGCCAUGCCUCGGACAAGGCAUGUUUUUUGCGACUCUACGCUCGUUUCCUCAUGUCGGAACGCAAGCUCGACGAGCACGGUAUGGUCAUCCCCAAACCCAACGGCACCCUCCCCGCCACCUCGCCCGAGCUCAUCCCAAUCCUGAAGGAGCUCGUAGAUGCUGCCGAUCCCUUCUUGCUUUUUCUCAAAGGCGCUAUCCUCCGCAAGCUCAAUCGUCCGAUCGAGGCCAUGGACUGCCUGCUCCGAUCCGUCCAAAGCUUUGCGUACAAUUGGGCGGCAUGGCAGGAGCUAGCCAUGACGCUCGAGCCAGGCGAGGUGGAUCAGAUCGCAGAUCUGCUGCCUGACUCGUUCAUGGCGAGCUUCUUCCGCGAGCUGCUGGAUCGUCAUUCUGCGCAGGAGGGCGACCUGACGAUCGCGCGCAUCGACCGUUUGCUCGAGUCGUUCCCCAGGUCGGCCUACCUGCUGACCUGCCGAGCGCAGACCAACGUACACCGCCUCGACUACAUUGAGGCUGAGCAGGACUUCCAGGAAGCCUGGUCGAUCGACCCGUACAGGAUUGAUGGGCUUUCCGACUACUCGAACGCGCUCUAUCUGCUCAACCGGACGGCGGAGCUGGCGCACCUUGCGCAUAAAUUCAGCUCGUUUGCCAAGGAUCGGCCAGAGGUGUGCUGUCUGGUGGGCAACUACUACAAUCAGCGCAGCGAUCACCACCGCGCGAUCGAAGCGUUCCGACACGCGCUGCGCCUCGACUCGGGCUGUGUACCAGCAUGGAUCCUGCUGGGGCACGAGUACAUUGAGCUCAAGAACAGCCAUGCGGCCGCCGAGAUGUACCGGAGGGCGCUCAAGAUCAACCCGCGCGAAUACCGAGCGCUGUACGGACUGGGGCAGGUGUACGAGCUCAACGGCGCCUACACGUACGCCGUCAACUACUUCCAAAAGUGCGCCGCCAUCCGGCCGUACGACGGGCGCAUGUGGUCGAGCAUGGGUAUCUGUUACGACCAUCUGGGCCGAUCGCAAGACGCCGUUUCGUGCUUCAAGCGCUAUCUGGCCUGCCGGCUCAACCAAGGCGACACGGUGGUCGGUCUGACGCGGAUCAUCGAGGUGUACGAGAAGGAGCGCGACUUUGAAGCUGCUGCCUCGUACCACCGCCGGCUGGUGCAGGUGGUUGACCGUGCGCUGGCGGGGACCGAGUCAAACGUAGUCGCGCGCUACGCUCGCUCGUACAUCAUCGCAGCCAGGUGGGAGAUGGGUGAGAUUGGCGCAAGAUCAGCUCAGCAGCGAGCCGCAGGUGACGAAAUGGAUCACGACGGUCGCGACGCCACGUCAGCCAAGGUGGGCAACCUGGCGCUGGCCAACGACUACCUGCAGAAGGUCAUUGCGGCUGGAACCGAGAUGACCGACAGCGCCGAGAUCCUGCUGAAGCGACUCGCCUUCUUGCGUGAUUAA